AUGCCGCACGCCGAUUCUGCCCUCGUGCCGUCCGGAUUGGACAAAGUGGCAUUCUGGGGCCAUGUAUACGAUCAACUUGGCUAUCUUCUAGAUGGUCAGAGAAACUGGGUGACCAACCUAGCGAAUGUCGCCUCUCUGAUUUACAAUUCGCUCCUUGCGUAUGAGCCCCACUUCGGAUCAGGCGAGAGAACGGUGAACUGGUGUGGUUUCUACGUGGUGUCCGACCUCUUUCCGUCCCCACAAAUAUACCAAGCUCAAACUGUCGCAAACAAGGGCCAUGAAGUCCCCGAUCGAUUGUUGCUUGGUCCAUUCUGCGGGAAACCUGCGUGUCAAUUCAUUAACACCACGCCCGGCAAAGCUCGCGGAGUCUGCGCUGACGCGUACCUCACCCGAAAGACCGUUUUGGUGGGCGAUGUGGACGCAUACCCUGGCCAUAUUGCAUGUGACGGGGAGACGAAGAGUGAAAUCGUUUGUCCCUUAAUCCUCCGAACUGACAACAGCGAAAAGGCUGUGGGCGUAUUGGACUUGGACUGUCUCGCGCUCGGUGGGUUCACGCCAGAAGACCAGCAAGGUCUCGAGAAAAUAGCCCAGCUUGUGAUGGACUCGUGUGAUUGGUGA